AUGGCGGACAGCAUCGAUCACGAUGCUCUUACUAGCGAGUUCAUGACUACAACAGCAAGUUCAGCAGAACAGGCUGCCCAAUAUCUCUCUGCCAACAAUUGGGACCUCGUUGCCGCUGUAGGUGCCUACUUCGCCGAUGAGGACGAAAAUGAUGCGACAGAAGAAACUCCUGCCAUGACAUCCCAAACUUACACAGGACCACGUACUCUCGAUGGCCGACCCGCUCCAGAUUAUAUCCCCAGCGCGUCUAGUUCAUCCAAGAAACCUCCCAAGAAAAAGGGACUCGCUACCCUAAGCUCUAUCGGAGGCGAAAGUGGACAUGGUCAUAAUCAUGGUGAUAAUGAUGAUGAUGGCAAUGACGAGGAUGCACAUAGAGAUACCUAUGCUGGAGGCGAGAAAAGUGGUCUUGCCGUACAAGAUCCAAGCCAACGCUCUGAUGCUAGACGAAUCGUUGAUGAGCUACUCGCCAAAGCGCAGAGCAAUGCGCAACGUCCCGAGGCAUCAACUCCUGCUGGUCCCUCUAGUUCAGCUUCCUUCCGUGGCGCCGGCCAGACCCUAGGAGGCGAGGGUGCUCCUAGCCGUACAAUCCCCGAUCCUCACGCACCCGCAGCUUCUAGCAGCCGCGGACCCUCACAAACCGGCGAGGUUCAGGAACGAACCUUACAUCUUUGGCGCGAUGGUUUUAGCAUUGAUGACGGAGAGCUACGAAGAUUCGACGAUCCCGAGAAUGCCCAGGCUAUGCGCAUGAUACAACAAGGUCGUGCUCCUAUUCAUUUAAUGAACGUUAGGUACGAUGAACCUCUUGAUGUCAAGCUCCAGCAGCACGAAGAAAAUUACCGUCCUCUUCCGAAGGUCUAUAAGCCAUUCAGUGGCGAGGGUCGCCGUCUUGGGAGUCCCGUACCGGGCGAGUCCUCUACCACGACACUACCUACCUUGGCGACGCCUAGUGCCCCCGCCGCCGCGUCGUCCUCGUCCUCGUCGGCGGCUCCCGCUAGCUCUGUAGAUGAGUCUCAACCUACGGUCAUGAUUCGCAUCCAGAUGCCGGAUGGCACUCGAUUACCGGCUCGAUUUAACACCACGCAGACUGUUAACGAUGUAUAUGACUUCAUCUCUCAAGCUUCCCCGGAUCUAAGAACCGGUGGAUGGGUGCUGGCUACGACCUUCCCCAAUAAAGAUCACACUAACAAAUCGUUGGCCCUAGGUGAAAUGGCUGAAUUCAAGAAGGGAGGCACUGCUAUGGUGAAGAGGAACAAAUGA